AUGCACAGAAAGUGCUGCCUGCUGGUAUUGGACGGGUACGGAUGCAAUGAAUCUCCUGAAAAGUCUAUAGUUGACGGAAUAGAAAGAGCCUCGCCCGAGUGCAUAAACAGCCUAUCGCAGGCAUACCCCAGCACCCUUUUGUAUGCGCACGGGACACACGUUGGCCUGGCAUCAGACGAGAUGAUGGGAAACUCAGAGGUUGGCCAUCUUACCUUGGGCGCAGGCCGGGUUGUGCUGCAGGACAGCGUCAGAAUUCGAAAGACUCUUUCUUCGCACGCGGACGAGGUUGUGGAUAAGGUGCUCCAUGAGAAAAAAGAGUGCAUGCACAUUCUUGGCAUUCUUUCCGACGGGGGAAUCCACGGGCACUGGCUGGAUGUGCUGGACCUGUCUAGAGCGGCUGCCAAAAAGUGCGAAAGGGUCUAUGUCCACAGCAUCUCCGACGGAAGAGACACUAGGCCCGCGGAGUACCUGAAAUACCUGGACAUGCUGCUUGCAGAAGCCCCUGAAAACGUGUGGGUUGUGUCGGUGUCUGGCCGGUUUUAUGCCAUGGACCGGGACAAGCGAGACGAGCGAACGCAAAUGGCGUAUUCUGCCUACACAGAAGGCAGCGCCCACACGGACCUGCCCAAAACACGAAGCGAGUGCGCCUCCCGCAUACGCGAGCAUCUUGAAAGGUCGUACUCCGAGGGCGUAACCGACGAGUUUAUCCAGCCGCUUUGUCUUGCAGGCGUGGUGAAAAAGGGAGAAACGCUUGUCAUAAGCAACUUUCGAGCAGACCGCGCCAGGCAAAUAUACGCAUGCAUGGACAAGCAUGCGGAUGUGUAUACAAUGACCAGGCUGUGCCCGGACCAGAGGGCGGAGAAGAUUCUUUUCCACCGGCCGGAAAUAGCAAACACGCUUGGGGAUGUUUUGGAGAGCAGCGGGAAGACCCAGGCCCGCGUGUCCGAGACAGAAAAGCAAGCGCAUGUUACCUUCUUUUUUGACGGCGGAAAAGACAAGGCACGAAAAAACGAAACCAGAGAGAUCCACCCAAGCAGAAAGGUGAACGGAUUUGACGAGGUCCCCGAAAUGGAGGCUGCCGAAAUCUCUGCGUCUGUGCGCGCACACAUGGAGAAAGGCACAGACUUUAUUCUUGCCAACUUUGCAAACUGCGACAUGGUCGGCCACACGGGCCUUCUUGAGCCCACCAUCCAGGCAGUAAAGGCUGUUGAUGCUGAGAUCCACAAAAUAUACCUCUGCGCAAAAAAGCACAACUACGGCCUGGUGAUCACAGCAGACCAUGGGAACGCCGAAAUAAUGGAGGAUGCGCGCGGCGUUGUUAAGUCGCACACGGUGAAUAGGGUGCCUGCGAUAACUAUCACAAACUACUCCGACAGAGAUGCUACAGCCCCGGGACAAAAUGCAUUUGCACGCCCCCCCAUUGGAGAGCACACCCUUGCAGAUGUAGCUCCAACGGUCCUGCGUAUAAUGGGCCUGCCACAGCCUGCUGAAAUGACAGGAACGCCUCUGCCCGAUGCGCCCACUCCUUGA